GUGACGUCACACGGAUGGUAACUCUAGGAAGGAGGCACACACGUACAGAUUUUUAACAAGGUUUUUAUGGGAUUAAAAACUACAUCCGACACAUUGAACGGCCCUGCGGUGAUUUAAGAACGUUUUAGGCAUGUGUGGCUUUGAUAAAGAGAAGGGCCCGGGUUGGCUCAUGAAGAAGGGUCUUAUUCUCAUCCUGGUGGGCCACGUCAACUUCAUCCUGGGAGCCAUCGUGCAUGGCAGCGUCCUGCGGCACAUCUCCAAGCCCAACAACGAGAUCACCACGGAAUUUACCGCAGCCAACAUCAUAUCCGUGACCUCAGCAUUGCUGAGCAUCGUCUCUGGAAUCAUUGCGAUAUUGGUGUCAAGAAAUCUGCCAGUUUGGAGACUGCACAUAGGUCUGGUGGUGUGCUCCCUGCUGAAUGCGCUGCUGUCGGCGGCGUGCUGUGUGGGGCUGCUGACGGCCAUCGGCGUGACGGUGGCAGGAGACGGAGCCGGCCUGAUGAAGGGCUGCAACACCAGCGACGUGCCCAUCAACGCCCGCCAGCCCAUCUUUGUGAAAUGCCCCUUCGACACCACACGCAUCUAUGACACCACCAUGGCCCUCUGGUUCCCCAUCCUGUUCCUGGCGGCUCUGGAGGUCGCCCUGUCCAUCUGGUGCUUCGUCAUCGGACUGACCCUCAGAGGCGUCGGGCCCUGCGCUCGCAAAUACAGACUACAGCAUGGGGAGGAGGCCCAGGCUUUGGCGUCCAGGAGAAAACGAGAGGACGCCGCCGCCCAGCUGUAGACAACGACCCUGGACAAUGGGCACGAGUGGAAUGACGAUGAGGAAACUAGUCCUGACUACUCCACACACCCUGGAUUUACCAUCCUGGCAUUCGUAUGAAGUGUUUAUAGUCUCAAUGCUAAGAGAGAUUCUCCUACUGUCUCAGAAGUGCCAUCACAUUUCAAAACAUUUUAUGACAAUAUUUGUAUUAUCUGCAGAAGAAAUGUCUAUUAUAAUAGCAGUUUUGUAUUAAUGUGCUCAUCUGGGACAAGAUGUGCCAUAUUACUCAGCGGAAGCUUGCCUGCCUCUCAGUAAGGGGGUGAUGUAUUAAGUAGCACGCAAGAGCUCAAGAGUCCCUAAAACUACCUAAUUCAACUGUUGAUCCCAAAACACUCCACUGUCCUGAAACAUUUUCUUAAGUCAAGUUAACGGACAGCUGUUUGUCUGACCACUCUGCGCAUGGCCAGAUUUGCCUCCUGAGGUUUAAAGUGCAUUAAAUCAGCCCUGUGCUGUGCAUCAGUGGUGAUACGGGGCAAGAGAGA